AUGUGUAAGCAAUGGCCUACAAUAGCUCAGCGCGAUGACCUCAUCGCCAAACGCGAGACGCGCUCCAACAAGAUGCAGAUGCAAGCCACGGCUCGAAAGAUUCUCGUGGUUGGCGGCAACGGUUUUAUAGGCUCUUCAAUAUGUCGCGCUGCGUUAGCGAAGGGUAUGGAGGUCACCAGCGUAAGUUCUUCUGGACGACCUUACGCGACGCCCAAUGGACACUCACCGGCGUGGACAUCUAAAGUAACCUGGCUCAAAGGAAACGCCUUCGAUCCCACCACAUUCUCACAUGUCCUCUCUGAAAUGGACGGUGUCGCACACUCAAUGGGAACCCUCAUUGAAGAUAAUGGGGUCUACAAGGCCGCAUUGAAAGAUGGAGACGUGACUAAAUUACUCAGCGGUCUCAUCGAAAAUCUCAAUCCGAAAAAUCCUCUGAGCAAGAGGAACACAGAGGGUAGCUACGAGAGUCUGAAUAGGGAUUCUGCUUUACGCGUGUGUGAAGCUUUCAUUCAGUCCGGAGAGGGCAAGACGUAUCUCUCUCCCAGAUCUUUUGUAUACCUAUCCGCAGAAGACAUUUCUCGGCCCGUCAUUCCAUCCAGAUACAUUGAAACCAAACGUGAGGCAGAGCAGGGUAUCGAAGCCCUCGUCUCCGAAAAGCCCCAGAUAUAUCGCGGCGUUUACAUCAGACCCAGCCUGGUGUAUCACGCUCAUUAUCGACCCCUCUCCACGCCUAUAGCCGCUCUACUCGAUCUCUCCGCCACCCUUCAUGCCAAAGUCCCACGGGGUAUUCCAAAACCAGCCGACGUUCUUCGCAGUGUCGGUAAUGCCUUGUCCCCGCGUUCCAUUCCGCCACAAGGCCAUGUCGACGUCGGUCCAGUCCUAGAAAGCGUUGCCAACGUCUUGUCCAUCCCACCCAUUCAUGUUGAUCAUGUCGGAGACGCCGUCGCUAUCGCUUUACAGUCGGAUGACGUGAGAGGGGUCGUCGGUGUCCCGAGAAUGAGGGAACUCAUAGGUUGGCAUUCAUGA